AUGCAGUUCCACAACGGACCCAGUGUUGUAAAGCAUCGAAAUAAGAGGCAACAUCAACAAUCCUCAUUCACAGUUCAUCCAACUUCGACUUUUCAAACACCUCAAACUCCAUCAUCACAGGAAUUAAAAUUUAACUGCAAUGGCUUCCCAUCCGAUAAAUAUUCAGAGCUGCUUUUUGGUGAUUGUAUAUUCAAUGCAAAAGAGUUAACUGAGACCGAAUCUGAAUUAGUGUCAUUAUUUCGACAAGCCCAAGAAUAUUAUGAUUCAACCUGGAAUUUUGAGUCAGUGAAUGUUGAUAGAGAUCCGCGUCAUCACCAGUAUUCUGAUAUUGCAAAACGUUUUUGGAUUCUUGUUAAAUAUUAUGCAGGAAAGCAAUUUUUUGUCAGAAUGGCCGGAGCACGAAAUCAACAUCAACCAUGUAAUUGGUUCAACCAUUUACAUUACAAUCUCAUAAUUCCUGAAUUAGCUACAGUCAAAAAUUGGAUUCCAAAAGGUAGUCGUGAUAUCAUUCCGUAUUUCAAAGAAACUCUUGAAGAUAUUGUUUCAAAAUCCUCCUGUAAGAAUGCAUGUAUUUCUGUUGACGGCAUGAAGGUUUUGAAACAUAUUGACACACUAAAUUCAGAAUUUGUUGGAGUAGUGUUCCCAUUCAAUCUCAUGCAACAAUUUCCACACUUGUAUGAAUUGCUUGAUAGAGAGGAAGUAGCUCCUAGUGAUAUCAUGGCGUUACAAUAUUGUUUAAAUUUAACAAGCUCACCGGUCAUUGAACAGUUGAAAGCAAUCAAUACUCCACAAUCAUUAGCCGCAGCAAAUUAUUUGACGUUAAUUCGAGAAUUAUAUGACUGCAAUAAUGAUAAUAAGUGUCAAGUUGAGCAAUUACAUAACAUUAAGCAACGAUUUGAGCAGUUAAAUCCGUUCCCCUCAAAAACAAAAAAUAUUUGCAUACACACUAUCAAUGGAUUCAUCACUUUGAUCUCACAUUUUCCAAAUCUUCGAUCAAGCUGUAUCACCACAAAUUCUAAUGAACUAUUUUUCUCUAUUGUAAGACAUAAGUAUCCUCGAGCAACAGAAAAACAGUUCUGUCAAAUGGGUUUGUUAACAUUUUUCAUAUAUUGUAUCCCUCAUGCCCCUGAUGAUGUUCGAGGAUUUUCUCUUCCUGAUAUUCCAUUAACUGAUCAUUAUAAUGGAAAAGUGACAAAAAUUCCAGAUUUUUCGCCAUACUGUAACCCAAACUCUCAACUUAAAGGAUUCGAAAAAGAAUUAGAAAAAAUUAAUCAACAAAUUGCAAAUUAUGCCAGAAAAUCCACUUUGAGAUUAGAUACUUGUGCUCCAAAGCGGAUCUUUCUUUGUUGCCCUGUACCUAAUUGUAAGAAAUUGAAGCCUUAUCUUGUAAAAGGCUGCUUUAAAAACCAUUUGAUCAACAAACACAAAUAUGAUCAGAAAGCAGCUGCUGAAGAGGUUAAGAAUAUGGAAUGUCAAGAAUUUCUUCGUCAAAUGCAAAGAGAUAUUGAAUUGCGAAAAGUUACAAUGUCACAUGGUGAAGAAGAUCAAUACAAAGAUUCUCAAUCAGAAAAUGCUACUACUAAUAAUUCAAUAGAGGAGCUUAAGCAUAAGCCUAAUGAAUUACGGUCCGUAUUUAAAGAUAAAAUUUCGGUGAUACAUUCUAGACCUCAAGGGAUAAUAUCAUCAACACAAAAUCUCAUGAAAAUCGGAAACAAAUUAUAUCAUAUUGUGUUGAUGGAUUUGGAGACAACGGGAGUCAAUGUCAACACCAAUACUAUCGUUCAAAUUGCUUUUCUAUCGCUGUCAACACAUCAAUUACAUUCAAUGUUUGUCCAACCAGAACCAAAUGCAAAUUGGCAUCAAAAAGCUGCAACAAUGCAUCAGGACAAACUGACCAUAUUAGCCAAAAGUGAUUUUCUUCGGAAUGUGAUUCCUGAUGUUGUUAAUUAUUUGACAUACGGAGAAGCAGCCGAUAUAAUAUUCUUAGUUCAUUCAUGGAGUUUGGAUGAGCAAUUUUUCACAAAAGCGUUAACAAGUCUCUCUCAUCAACCCAAAAUUAAAUUUCAUUAUUGUAGGACGAUGGAGAAAAUGUUACUCGGAAGAGUGGCCUUGGAGAAACAAUAUUCGUCUCGGAUUAGCAAUGAUCUUCCGGGAACUCCUCACAAUGCUGCUGUUGAUGUGGUUAUGUUGUAUGAUUUGCUGUUGAGCAAGUUUACGACUGACAAGAAUAUAGCUCUGCAACUUCGUCAAACCACCCUGCAAUAA